AUGCGUUAUAAAGGUAAUAAGGCAAUUGAGCGAGAGCUCAAAAAUAUUAUCAAUGCCCCUCAGAACGCAAAUCGGUGUGGUGAGUGUGGAGCAGCGUUUCCAACUUGGUGUUCACUAAAUUUGGGAGUUUUGUUGUGUGGACGAUGCGCAUCGGUACACCGAAAAAUCGUCGGAGAGCGUGGAAAUGGCAGGGUGUAUUCCGAGGUUAAGUCCUUGAGUUUGGACAAGUGGACCGUCGACGAAGUGGAAGAAUUGGACGAAAGCGGUGGGAACAAGAAAAACAAGACCGUAUGGAAUUCGGCAAACGAACCAUUCCCUUUCGAUGGCGACGAAGACCGCAGCCAGGUUGAAAAGUUUAUUCGCGACAAAUACGUGCUUGCCAAGUUCAGAAGAGAUCCGAUCAGACCCGACGAACUGGACAACUCGCGGGCGUCCUCACGGACGCCCUCGCGGUUGAGCAACAACGCGAGCCGGUCGUCGCUAAGCAGGCCACCUUCGUCGGCGUCGAGUCGUGCACUACCGCGGUUGACACACAGGACCGUGAAGGAUCGCGAAAUCGGGAAGUACGCGAGCCAGCUACGCCGUAUGCGCGACCUGGGAUUCAUGGACACGGAUUUGGUCGUUGAAGCCCUGUGUCUCGCGCGCGGAGACAUGAAUCUUGCUCUAGACAUCCUAGAUGCAGACGCAAAGACCAGUAGCAGCUCUCGAUUGAGCUCCAGACAAAAUCCACCUUUGCCUCAACGACCCUCUAAAACGGGUCCACAACCAGCCUCAUUCGAUGGAUCCGAGUUCACGGGCAGUGCGCCUCAGCCUGCUGUCUUUGACGGGACGGUGCAACAGUACAUGGACCCACAAACCGGAAUGAUUUAUGUCGAUGAAAACCAGUACGCGCUGGCGCUUCAGCAACAAAACUUGCAACAGCAGGCGCUACAGCAGCAAGCACUACAACAACAGACGCUACAACAACAAGCCUAUCAGCAUGCGCUCCAGCAACAAGAGUUCCAACAGCAGGCCUAUCAACCCCAAUUCCCAUCCUUCUCACAACAGCCGCAAAUUGACAAGGGAUCUCUCAUGUCGCUGUAUAGUCAACCCACCACCUAUACGAGCCCCGUUGAAGUUGAGCCCUCAAACCCACAAUAUCAACAGAUACUGCAGGCACAACAUCAACAGCAGCUACAACAACAACUACAGCAGCAGCAGUAUCAACAGCAACUGCAGUACCAGCAGACGAACAGUAAUGCAUCCCAAGGGUUCCAAGGUUAUUAUUAUUAA